AGAGAGAGUGAGUGGCUGUGUGUGUGUGUGUGUGUGUGUGAGAGGGAUGAUCAUGGCCGCUCAAGUAGCAGCAGCUCCGGCCAACAGUAACAACAACAACGGCUCCAGUGGAGGCGGCGGCAGCCCCGGCGGCUCCAGCAGCGGCAGCCUGAGCGGCCGCGAAUCCGACAUCAACAACGGCAGCAAGUCGGUGGCGAUGGCGGCGGCUUCUUCUUCCCCUCCUUCCUCAGCAGCGGCGGCGGGUCUGGGACUCGCACUGAGCGGCGGCGAAGGGCUGACACUCAACAGCGUUGAUCACCCUCGCCUUCCCCUCCGCCAUCAUCACCAUCAUCAUCACCAGCCGCCGCCGCCGGGACAGGGAGAGCCCGGGAUGAUGGGACACUCGGCGGUUCCCGGCGACAACAAUAACAACAACAACGGCGGCGGAGGAGGUGGAGGCGGCGGCGGCUCCUCGUCGUCGGCCUCGUCCAACAACAGCGACCCCGACCCCGAGCUGCCGCCUCACAAAGACACCGCCUCGGCCUCGCCUUCUGCCGGAUCCAACUCGUCGCCUUCUUCCUCCUCCUCCUCCUCCUGCUCCGGGGCAGUGAUGGCGGCCCCAGAGCCGGGUCUGAUGAUCCCCAAUCAUCACAAGCUAAAGCCGGCGGCGGGUGACCUGCAGCUGCUGCCGCCUCCCCCCCAUCACCAGGGAGAAGGAGAGGGAGGCGGCGGAGCGGACAGUCAACAUGGAGGCGGCGGCGGCAAAGACAGUGGCGGCGGGUUGUUAGCGGCCGACGGUCAAGGCAACAACAACAGCGGCGGCGGCGGCGGGGGCAAGACCGACGAGGAGCUGCUCAAAAUGGGCGACCAGAGAUACGAGCACCCGGCGGCGGCUACUCCGGGCCAAGGCCAGGGCCAAAGCCUGGGCCUAGCGCCGGGAUUGGCCGACUAUAACUACUACCGAGCGGGCAGUGCAGGAGCAGGAGGCCCCGGCCCCGGGCCUUAUUUCGAUCAACAUGGCGGACAACAAAGCCCCGGACUCGGCCUUCACCCGUCCCCUGGCCCGGCUCAGGCUCAGGCCUCGGGUCAGGAGUUACAGGCCGGCGGUGUUAGUGUCAGCCCCAGCCCGCUACACAACUCCCACGACGGCUACUCGAGCAACAACAGCUACAACCACCAUUACUCGGCCUACAGGCCGACCUACAGCAGCGGGCCCGCCGCCUACAGCAUGCUCAGCUCUCCCCGGGCCAACAGCAGCCCCGGCCUCCACCACCACCCGCACCAUCACCACCCUCACCUGGGCAACAAGCAGCAGCCGCUACAGCCCGCGGCCGCCUUCCAGCGCUUCUCGCUGCAGAACCAGCACUCGGGGGGAGCCACGCCGACCCUCAACCAACUGCUCACCUCCCCCAGCCCCGCCAUGAGGGGCUACGGCUUCCCGGACUACGGCAGCGCCGCCGCCGCUGCUGCGGGGGCUUCUCAGGCCUCGCUGAAAGUUAGCAGCGGCGGCGGCAGCAGCGACAUCAUGGCCAGUCAGUAUGGAGUAGCGAGUAGCCAGGGCUGGGGAUCGGCGGCGGGAGGACAACCAGGCCGGAGCCCCCACCCCGCCAUGAGCCCAGGCAGCACGGCACAGCCUCUGGGCAGAGCGCAGGCCAAUCCAAUGGAACAGAUGGGUAUGAAGAGAUAUGGGAUGAGCAACAAUCCUUAUUCACAGCAGCAACAGAGCGGACCCUAUCCUGGGCAGCCAUAUGGGCCUUCGACAGCACAGCGGUACCCAAUGGGUAUGCAGGCCAGGACCCAAAGCAGCAUGGCAGCAAUGCAGUAUCCACAGCAACAGCAGAUGCCCCCACAGUACACUCAGCAAGGUAUGAGUGGCUACUGCCAACAGGGACAGCAGCCUUAUUACAACCAGCAACAGCAGCAGCAGCCGCCUCCCUAUAUACAACAGAGAUACCAAUCCCAACAGGAUAUGUCUCAGGAAGGUUAUGGAGCCCGCACUGCACCACCAUUGACACCUAGCAAACCCAACCAUGAAGACAUGAGCCUUUUACAACAGGAGCGACCUUCCAGCUUACCUGAUUUGUCAGGAUCCAUUGAUGAUUUGCCAACAGGGACGGAAGGAACAUUAAGUUCUGGAGUUAGUGCGUCAGGAUCCUCAAGUGGCCAAGGAGAACAGAGCAACCCUGCACAAUCUCCCUUCUCCCCUCACGCCUCACCUCAUCUCUCUGGUAUCCGUGGCCCAUCACCCUCUCCUGUUGGCUCUCCUGUUGGGAGUAACCAGUCCAGGUCGGGACCGCUUUCCCCUGCAGGUGUACCAGGCAAUCAGAUGGCACCUCAGCCACCGAGUAACCAGUUAGAUGUCGGCUCCCAUCCUGCCAUGAGUCAAUCCCCUAUGUCACAGGAGCGAGGGUUUAUGUCAAACAUGCAGCGAAACACACAAAUGACACAGUAUGCAUCCCAGCAAACCGUGCCUUCCAUGUCUCCACAUCCUUCGCCAGGAGGUCAGAUACAUCCAGGGAUGGGUCCUUACCAGCAGAGCAACUCCAGCAGCACUUAUGGCUCCCAGAGUGGCCAGUAUGGACCACAAGGAAAUUAUCCCAGACCGCCAAAUUAUGGAGCAGUUCCAAACACCAACUACAGUGGUCCUGGUCCAGGCAUGGGCAACAGCAUGAGUAUGACUGUCAACAACCAGAUGCAUGGGCAGGGCCCAGCUCAGCCUUGCAGUAACAUGACAGUGGGGAGGAUGCCACCGUCAGGGAUGUCCAACUGGCCCUACACAGGCAACAUGACCUCAAAUUCUCCCAACAUGUCACAGCAGCAGCAGAUGGUGGUGGGGGCAGGAAUGGGGCCACCGAUGGGGACUGUGAACCGCAAAGCACAGGAGGCGGCUGCCGCAGUGAUGCAAGCAGCGGCAAACUCAGCCCAAAACAGGCAAGCUGGAUACACUGGUAUGAACCAAAGUGGUAUCAUGGGCUCUAGCUCCCCUUACAGCCAGUCUAUGAACAACAGCUCUGUCCUGAUGAACCCUCAGGCAGCUCCCUACAACAUGGUCAACAGCUCCUCAGCUUCAAUGAGUCUUGGAACAGACAUGAUGACCCAAGGGGAAUCCAAACUGCCUGUAGCUCAAAAAUUGGACAGCAAAGAAGAUGGGCCACCUUCAUCUGAGACCAAGUCUAAGAAGUCAAACUCAUCCACAACCGGUGAGAAGAUUGCCAGGCUGUAUGAUCUGGGGGUUGAGCAGGAUCGCAAGAUAUGGAUUGACCGUUAUCUGUCUUUUAUGGAAGAGAGAGGAACACCGGUUGCCAGCCUACCUGCCGUGGGCAAAAAACCACUGGACCUUUACCGACUCUAUGCCUGUGUGAAGGAAAUCGGUGGUCUGGCACAGGUUAACAAAAACAAAAAAUGGCGUGAGCUGGCGACCACCCUGUGCGUGGGCACGUCCUCGAGCGCAGCUAGCUCUCUGAAGAAGCAGUACAUCCAGUACCUGUUUGCCUUUGAAUGUAAGAUUGAACGUGGAGAGGAGCCACCUCCUGAGAUGUUCACUCCUGCAGAAUCCAAAAAACAGCCCAAGAUCCAACCACCAUCGCCAGCUGGUUCAGGCUCUUUGCAAGGGCCAAUGACUCCACAGUCCACCAACAGCUCAAUGACAGAAGACCUGAAGCCCCCAACACCUGUAUCAGCACCACACGGGCAGAUGACGCAGAUCCAGGGGAACAGGAACAAUGCAAUCAGUGUCCAGGACCCCUUCUCUGAUGUUAGUGACCCAGCCUUCCAGAAGAGGACUUCCAUGACGCCCAACCCACAGUACCAAUCGGGGAUCAACAUGCCGGAAAUGAUGGGAAGGAUGGGGUACGAACCCAAUAAGGACCCAUUCGCUGGGAUGAGAAAAGUGCCUGGGAGUAAUGACCCCUUUAUGCCUCCUGGAGUGAUGCCUAAUAGUGGGAUGCAGGAUCUGUACAACCGUACGCCAUCUGCAGCAAUGGCCAACAUGAGCAUGGGCCAAAGGCAGCAGUACACUUAUGGACCUGGCUAUGAUAGAAGGCCUGAGCAUGGGAUGGGUCCUGAAGGCAGUAUGGGACCUCCAGGAGGUCAGUCUAACGUGGUGCCUUCCAGCAAUGACCCGAGCAUGUACUCACCAAAUCGUUACCCUCCACAACAAAGGCACGAUCCCUAUGGACAGCAGUACCCAGGCCAAGGCCCUCCCUCGGGACAGCCACCAUAUGGAAGUCAUCAGCCUGGAAUGUAUCCUCAGCAGCAGAACUAUAAACGUCCCAUGGAGGGCAUGUACGGUCCUCCACCAAAGCGUCAUGAGAAUGACAUGUACAACAUGCAGUACAGCAGCCAGCAACAGGAAAUGUACAAUCAAUAUGGAAACACCUAUUCUGGACCAGACAGGAGGUCCAUGCAAAGCCAAUACCCAUUGACAUACAACAGAGACAGGAUCCAGGGUCCAGUUUCCAUGCAACAGCAUACAAUACCACCCCAAAUGAUUGGAGGGCCAAUGCAAGCAGCCUCAACCGAAGUGCCACAGCAGGGCAUGUGGCAGUCACGGAAUGAUAUGCCUUACCCUUACCCCAAUAGACAAGGCCCUGGAGCACCUCCGCAAGCAUCACCAUAUACAGGGAUGAAUCGCACUGAUGAGAUGAUCUUACCCGACCAGAGAAUGAAUCAUGAAGGUCAAUGGCCUUCCCACGUGAAUCAGCGCCAGUCUUCAUACAUGUCUCCUUCAGCCUCCAUGCCUCCGAUCACACGACCUCCGCAGUCCUCCUAUCAGACACCUCCUUCGAUGCCAAACCACAUCUCCAGGGCUCCCAGCCCAGCGCCUUUCCAGCGCUCGCUAGAAAAUCGAAUGUCCCCCAACAAGACGCCCUAUAUGUCAUCGAUCAAGAUGCAGAAAGUUGGUCCUCCAGUCCCGGCCUCACACGUUGCUGUUCAACAUCAACCACCACCAAUAAGGCGGGAAAUCACCUUCCCUCCAGGAUCAGUGGAGGCAACGCCGCCAAUGUUAAAACCCAGACGAAAACUUACCUCAAAAGACACUGGAGCCCCAGAGGCCUGGCGUGUUAUGAUGUCCCUCAAAUCUGGUCUUCUGGCUGAAAGCACUUGGGCUCUGGACACCAUCAACAUCUUACUGUACGAUGACAGCACUGUAGCCACAUUUAACCUCUCUCAGUUGUCAGGGUUCUUGGAGCUUUUGGUGGAGUAUUUCAGAAGAUGCUUGAUAGAAAUAUUUGGAAUAUUAAAGGAAUACGAGGUUGGGGAUCCACGUCAGAAAGCUCUCCUGGAUCCAGAUGCAUUUCAGAAGGAUGAUGACAGCCUUAGUGAGGACGAGAUGGGGAAAGAGGAGGAAGAGGACGAUAUUGAUGAUGAAGAUGAGGACGAGGAGGAGGGAGACGGCAGAUCAUUGAGCGAGGAGAACCGAGUCGCCUUUGCAACGAGCGUUGCACAAUCCGGUGACGAAAAGCCAAAACAAGCCAGUAAAUUUGACCGGCUUCCAUUGAAGAUCAUGAAGAAGAAGGAUCUCUUUGUGGUUGACCGCUCGAGUAAGCUUGGCCGCGUUCAACAGUUUGACAGUGGACUGCUUCACUGGCAAAUCGGUGGGGGUGACACAACAGAGCACAUCCAAACCCAUUUUGAGAGCAAGAUGGAAUUGCCGUCACGCAAGAGAGCUGUAGGGUGUUCAAAUCCUCCAAACAAAGAGAGGAAAACCAGGGAACAUGGGGACAAGGAAACGGUGAAUGCAGAAGAGCAGAGAGAGAAGAGUAUAACAGCGACUAUAGAUGAUGUAUUGUCAGCUCGUCAGGGAGCCUUGUCAGAAGAGCAUUCCAACGACUCAGCUCCCGUCACAGAAGGCAGUAAUUUCCCCUUUCGCAUCCACCAAGCAAAAAACCACAAAAAUAUAAAAUUAUUGGAGGAUGAGCCUUGCAGCCGUGACGAGACGCCGUUGUGCUCGAUCUCUGGUUGGCAGGACUCCUUGGCAAAGCGCUGUAUCUGUGUGUCAAAUAUAGUUCGUAGCUUGUCUUUCGUGCCUGGCAAUGAUGCUGAGAUGUCCAAGCACUCGGGCCUCAUACUGAUCCUGGGAAAGCUGAUCUUGCUUCAUCACACACAUCCGGAGAGGAAACGGGCACCACAGACGUAUGAGAAGGAGGAGGAGGAGGACGAUGGAGUGGCCUGCAACAAGGAUGAAUGGUGGUGGGACUGCCUUGAGGUUUUACGAGAGAACACCUUAGUUACGUUAGCCAACAUUUCUGGGCAGCUAGACCUGUCUAUAUACCCAGAGAGCAUUUGUUUGCCAAUUUUGGAUGGUUUGCUACACUGGAUGGUAUGUCCCUCUGCAGAAGCCCAGGAUACUUUCCCAACAGUGGGACUUAAUUCAUUCCUCUCACCGCAGAGACUUGUGUUGGAGACCUUGUGUAAACUCAGCAUCCAGGACAAUAAUGUGGAUCUCAUCUUGGCUACCGCCCCUUUCAGCCGUCAGGAGAAAUUGUACGCUACUCUGGUUAGAUACGUGGGAGAUCGGAGAAUCUCAGUCUGCCGAGAGAUGUCAGUGGCUCUGUUGUCAAACCUUGCCCAGGGGGACACGUUAGUGGCGAGGGCUGUUUCUGUGCAAAAGGGAAGCAUCAGCAACCUGAUAAGUUUCCUUGAGGAUGGCCUCACAGUGGCCCAGCUUCAGCACAGUCAGCCAAACCUGAUGCACAUGCAGCCCAUUGAGCCAACAAGCGUGGACAUGAUGUGUAGGGCAGCCAAGGCCCUGCUGGCUAUGGCUAGAGUAGAAGAGAACCACUCGGAAUUUGUUUUAUACGAGGGCCGCUUGCUAGAUAUCUCAAUAUCAUCUGUUCUGAACUCUAUGGUUGCAUCAGUCAUUUGUGAUGUUCUGUUCAUGAUUGGUCAGUUAUGACAGAAGUGGGAAGCCAAGCAUGUAUGAGAGGAGACAAAGAAGUUACAUUCGAUUGGCUAUUUCUGUUCUUUAUUUAUCCAACAACAACAAAAAAUAAUCUUUGCUCCUCUGCCUCAUUUACUAAGGAAAUUGGGCAUUUAAAAACACAAAACAAAUUUAAUCUGGACAAAUAUAAGAUGGAAAUAAAUAUUUGCUGUCUAUGUGUGUAAGUACUUUUUAAUUUUUUUUAACCAAAGUUGCUGUCCAGUACAUCCGACGGAUUUACCUUGAUCCCGACAUUCUUUCCCUUCGGGGGUGUUUCUUUCAUGUUUGUAUGAUAUUUUUGGAAGCAAAAAAAAAGGUGAAUAUUGAAAACGUGGCAAAACAUUGUACAAUUAUGCUUUACCACUUAAAAAAUAGAAAAAGGAAAAAAAAGCACUGAAAUAAUUUUGAAAUAUGUACACACCACACACAGAAAGCAAGCGCUGUGCAAUAGAAUUUAGUGAUCUAGGUGUAGGGGAUCAACAGAGGUGUGCAUAGUCCACUGUAAAUCAAUUGAUUUCUACACAGAAGAAAUUAAGAUGCAUUAGUCUAGCAGCAAAUGAACUGUUGACUCGGGUUGGGUGGGGGGAGGGAGGGAGAGAGAGAGUGAAGAACAUUAAUUACUUCCUCAUAAUACUGUCAGAUUCAUACCUUCCUUGACCUUCCACAGUAUGGCAGUUCCUCAACCGUCUUUUAAUUCACUCAGUUUAUCUUUUGGUAUUGUUUCCCUACAGCCCAAGAGCUGUACUGUAUAUAGAAGUUGUACAUUGCACAUACCCUCAGAUUUUUUUUUGUUUCUUUCUUUUAGAAUGAGGUUUACAGGUUUUUUUUCCAUGAUGUGGUAAGGUUAAUUAAAAAAAACAAAAGUGGUAGAUUUAAANUUUUUUUAUUAUUAUAUUUUUUGGCCAUAUUUCCUACGAGGGUGAUGUACAAGUUUCUGUAUGUAUAAAGUCAUGCUCUAUUUCACGGAGAGCAGCUGAGCACAUUUUGCUUCAUAAUCAAGGUGUGGAAAAAGGUUUAAGUUCCGAUGAUGAGCAGAAAUUUCAAAAAAAAUUAAUGAAGAAACACAAUUUCAGAAAUUUUUCAGUGAUGCGAUCAGCAUAUUUGUAUUUCAGAUAAUGUAGUUAAAAAAAACUUGAUGUAAAUUCCUCCUUUUCCUCUGGCUUAAUGAAUAUCAUUUAUUCAGUAUAAAAUCUUUAUACUAUAUGUUCCACAUGUUAAGAAUAAAUGUACAUUAAAUCUUGUUAAGUGCUGUGAUGAUUGUUCCUGAAUAAUUUUUUUUAAAUGGUUUUUAGCUGGGAUUGGAUCUGAUUAGGAGAGAUUAUAACUGUACAUUGUAGAAACCAAUAAUGAGCAGUGACUUGGAUUCCACCUUCACUUCUGUCACUCCUGUUUGUGCCUGGUAAUGGGGGUUACUGAGUUCACUGAGUAAACUGGGAUCUACAGUUUGAUGGCUGAUAAUAAAUAGCGCUAACCACAAAAUGCAGGUCUUAAACCCAGUCCACAUAGAGUA